AUGAGAAUCCGGCUGGUGAGGCUGCUAACCGAUGGAGCAUUUUCGCUGGCGUUUCUGAUGCUUCUACUGCUGCUGUUGACGACAACAACAACAACCUCCGGCACCACAGUGUCAGCUGGCGUUAAUAAUAGCUCCACCAUCAAUCAAUCCUUCGCGUCGGGACAUGCCGGGCGCGGUACGUUAAGUUACAAUAGUUCUGCGGAUGCUGGCAACCGGUCGUCGUCGUCAUCGGCCACGAUCGAGCAGCACACCACAAAACCAUGCUGUGAUAGUAAUAGCACCGACCGGGCAUCCAGUCCAUCCACCCGGACGCAUCGUGUAGUGAUAGAAUUUUCCACCAAAAUCGUCCAGAAUGAGUACAUCGUGCAGUUCAAUGGUUACUACAAGCCGAAGGAGCGCGAGAGCUUUAUCCAGAAUGCCCUGAACGGCUCGAAGGUACAGAAAUGGCGCAUCUUGCCACGCAACAAUCCGGCCCAAGAUUUCCCAAGCGACUUUGACGUCCUCACGCUCGAGGAAGCGGUUGAAUUUGCGGACGAUGGACUUGCGAUGCUGCGUACGCAUCCUUCGAUUAAAAGUAUAUCUCCACAGCGGAUGGUUCAGCGUGCGUUAAAGUACGUACCUUUACGACAAUCGGAAAUAGAUUCCGCAAAUGAGGCCACCAAUGAGGAAAACGAAUCGGACGACCAGGAGAUAGAACCACCAGAACCGGACCUGGAUGAAGAUGACACUGAAGCGAACGAUUUUAUCGAAUUCCUUCAAAAGCGUCGCCUAGCAACGGAGCAAGAUGCGCCUCUAUCGCAACCAGGACCACCACCACCUCCACCCCAAUCCCCGAACCGCCACACGAAUCGACGCCUGCUACGUGCAAUUCCUCGGCAAAUAACGGCUCUACUAAAAGCGGAUGUCCUAUGGAGUAUGGGAAUAACUGGGCAAGGCGUUAAGGUGGCCGUAUUCGAUACCGGCCUAGCCAAAUCGCAUCCCCACUUCAAGCGCAUCAAAGAGCGCACCAACUGGACGAACGAAAAAACGCUUGACGAUGGUGUAAGCCACGGUACGUUUGUCGCCGGCAUUAUUGCGUCGUCCAAGGAAUGUCUCGGCUUUGCGCCGGAUGCAGAGUUGCACAUAUUUCGCGUCUUUACCAACAACCAGGUUUCCUACACCUCGUGGUUCCUGGAUGCGUUCAAUUACGCGAUCCUGAAGAAGAUAAAUGUGCUGAAUCUAAGCAUCGGAGGACCAGAUUUUCUCGACCAACCGUUCGUGGAUAAGGUGCUGGAACUGUCCGCGAACAAGGUGAUUAUGGUGUCGGCGAUCGGCAACGAUGGACCACUGUACGGGACGCUGAACAAUCCGGGCGAUCAGAUGGAUGUGAUUGGCGUCGGUGGAAUGGAUUAUGCGGACAAUAUCGCAAAGUUUAGUUCGCGCGGUAUGACUACGUGGGAGCUGCCGUAUGGAUACGGUCGGCUAAAGCCGGACAUUGUUACGUAUGGAAGUCAGGUAAAAGGAAGCAAUCUGAACGGAGGCUGUAAAUCACUUUCCGGAACGUCUGUUGCAUCGCCCAUGGUAGCUGGUGCGGUAACGCUGAUUGCGAGCGGUGUACUUGACCGGCCGGAAGUGGAUCUGAAUCCUGCCUCGAUGAAGCAAGCACUUAUUGAGGGUGCUCAACGAUUAACGGAUAACAACAUGUUCGAGCAAGGGCAUGGGAAAUUGAACAUUCUGAGGAGCAUGAAGGCGUUGGCAGCGUACCGACCGCGUGUAACACUUUCUCCGGCGUAUCUGGACUUUACGGAGGAUUACAUGUGGCCGUACACAACACAAAGUUUGUACUACAGCUCCAUGCCGGUCAUAGCGAACGUUACGAUCUUGAACGGGAUGGGUGUGAUUGGACGUGUGAUCAAUAGACCCACCUGGCAUCCGUACAGCAACGAGCACGGAGAAUUGCUGAACGUUUCUAUUAGCUACUCGGAACAAUUGUGGCCCUGGUCCGGUUGGAUGGCGGUACAUAUAGGGGUGAAUGAAGCGGGACGUGGUUUUGAAGGUAUUGCUCAGGGUCACAUAACACUCACCGUACAAAGUCCAGCGGAUGGUGAACAUGAACGGGAACCACGUAACGGUACGGUCAGUUUCGCAAUCAAGGUACGGAUCAUUCCACAACCACCAAGACAGAAGCGUAUCCUUUGGGAUCAGUACCACAGUUUACGGUAUCCACCCGGAUAUCUCCCACGCGAUAAUUUGAAAAUCAAAUCCGACCCACUAGACUGGCGAGCAGAUCAUGUCCACACCAACUUCAAGGACAUGUACACCCAUCUCCGGAAUGCGGGCUAUUACGUGGAAGUCCUCGGAGCACCCUACACCUGCUUCAAUGCGUCACAUUACGGCACACUGCUUGUCGUAGAUCCGGAAGAAGAAUUCUUCCCAGCAGAAAUAGCUAAACUCCGCCAGGACGUGCUGGACCGGCAGCUGAGCGUGAUCGUGUUUGCCGACUGGUACAAUACGUCCGUUAUGCGACGAAUCAAAUUCUACGACGAAAACACCCGCCAAUGGUGGAUGCCGGACACGGGUGGUGCGAAUGUACCUGCGUUGAACGAUCUCCUACGUGAGUUUGGCAUUGCACUGGGUGAUCGGGUUGCGGAUGGAUAUUUUGAUAUGCGCGAUCAUCGAAUGUAUUAUGCUUCUGGGGCGAAUAUUGUUCGCUUUCCGGUUGGCGAGGGUACGAUCUUGAUCGAGCGAGAUCUUCUAGACGAAGGGCUCGCCAUAACGCAGCCGGAUGAGUCACGAUCAAAGGUACGGACACGGACCGCAAUUUUGGGCAUGUUGCAGACGGACAGGAGAAUGUAUGCAAGGUUGCAACCGGCUACACCAAACCCGGAAAGUCCUCCAGUUGCACCACCGGAUGAGACGCUUGAAGAGUUGGAGGAGGAAAAUGGCAAGAAUGAUCAAGGGGCGAUCAUUAACAAGCGAAUUUUGCUGAGUGCUGCUGUAGGGGGAACGGAUGUAGAGGAAGACGAGGAUAUCCCGAACGAUGGUGGGGAGUUUAAUCGGGAUGAUGUAGCGAAUCGGAUUGUUGCUGGAGAUGAACCACUCCCGGAGGAUGAGCGGGAUGCGGACGAUAUUGGGCAGCUGUUGCGCGAGAGAACGAAAGCGGCCGCUCACAAGCAGCAGCAGAAUGCAACCACGGCCCGGACAGCAAAUCGUCCCGAACCGACGGCCGGUGGACGCAUUGCACUGUACGGUGAUUCGAACUGUCUCGAUUCGACGCAUCUGGAGAAGCCAUGCUUUUGGCUGCUGGAUUCGUUGCUCGAGUACACGAUGACGGCCCAUGUGACGAGCUUACUGCGAGAUCUUAACGUUAGCCGACAGACGGAACAAAUUGAAGAAAACGUGAAGCUACCUCAGCGCAUGCCGAACAACAAUCUGCACCUAUACUCGAAGGUCCUUGUCCCGCACACCGGUGGAAAGCGACCAUUGCCCACCUGUCAGCGGCUAGAAUGGGAGUUUCCGGUCACGCUAAACAUGUCCACGCUAAACUUCGGCACCGGUCCGAACGAUCGAUUGCUUAUCCAGGAACAGCAGCAGCAGCAGCAACAGCAGCAACUGCUCGUUGUGCAGCAACGUCAGCUUAAACAGGGACCACCCCAGCCAAUGUUGCCGCUUGUCGGCAACGAGCUCGUCUACAGCAGCCGGGGCCGUCGAUUGGAGAGUCAAAAGGGAAGUUCCGUGCUCGGUGCUAACGACGAACCAGACGUACCCGGAUGGCGCAACAAGAAAACGGACAAAAUCCCUCCAAAUGCACCACCGAACGCUUUUAAUGGACCGUCCGGUGCGUCACCGACCGCCGGCACACCGAUGGCCGUUGGUGUGAAGAUUAUCCCACUGGCCGGAGAAGGUGUUGAUGGUGCCACCGAAGACGUCGACUAUUAUGCGGAAAGUCGAGCAAGACAUGGGAAUGCUGGUGGAGGAGGUCCAAGCGGUACCGGUGGGAUUGCUAGUUCGGGACCAUUCUAUUGGUUGACCGGGUCGAAGAGUGUCCUAAUGGUGGCGUUGUUCGCACUGCUGGCACUUCUAAAUUGGGUACGCAAAUCGAAAGGACUUACGAUUAAGCGACGGCUUAACUAUGUUUUCAAGAAGGUUGGCUUCUAA